AUUGCACCUUGCAUCUUGAAAAAAACAAAGAAAGGUGCAAGCAAUUAUUGUAAUAAAUGGCAAAUAAGGCAUCACAAGAAAUAGUGUUAGGAAACACUAGUACUACAAAUGGAGGAAUAAGAAGCACAUUUCAAUCACUUGUUUUAGUACUAACAACAAUUGUAGUUGUGACUGGCGUUUAUCUAACACAAGAAGGAGGAGAAUGGUUUGAAGAGAGUAGUAGUAAUAGUAUGUCAUCAAUUAUUGAAGAAUCAAAAUGCAACAUGUUUAAUGGUAAGUGGGUUUUUGACAACAUAACUCAUCCAUUAUACAAAGAGAAGCAAUGCACAUACAUGUCAGAUCAAUUGGCUUGUGAGAAGUUUGGAAGGAAGGACCUUAGCUACCAGAAUUGGAGGUGGCAGCCACACCAAUGUCACAUACCAAGGUUCAAUGCCAUAGCAAUGCUUGAAAAGCUAAGGAACAAGAGGCUUGUGUUUGUGGGGGAUUCACUCAAUAGAGGCCAAUGGAUUUCAAUGGUUUGCCUUGUUGAGUCUUCGGUGCUCCCAUCUCUUAAAUCCAUGCGCACCAUUGCCAAUGGCUCACUAAGUAUUUUUAAGGCCAUAGAAUACAAUGCAAGCAUAGAGUUCUAUUGGGCCCCACUACUAGUAGAAUCAAACUCAGAUGAUCCAAUAAACCAUAGAGUAGCAAAUAGAAUUGUGAGGGUCAAGAGCAUUGAGAAGCAUGCUAGGCAUUGGACUGAUGCAGACAUUCUGGUCUUCAACACUUUCCUUUGGUGGAGAAGGCGUGCAAUGAAUGUUCUGUGGGGAUCAUUUGAAGAUCCAGAUGCAGUGUACAAAAGGGUUGAAAUGGUGAGAGUCUAUGAAAUGGCAUUGAGGACUUGGUCAGAUUGGUUGGAGGUCCAUGUUAAUCGUAGCAAGACACAGUUGUUUUUUGUUAGCAUGUCACCCACUCACCAAAGGGCUCAUGAAUGGGGAGGAGUGAAGGGUGAAAACUGCUACAAAGAAACAGAUUUGAUUACACAAGAGGAUUACUGGGGGAAUGGUACUUUUCCAUCAAUGAUGAGGGUGGUGGAAAAUGUACUUCAAGAUUUGAAAUCAAGAGGUUUGAAUGUUCAGAUGCUUAACAUCACACAGCUCUCAGAGUACAGAAAAGAAGGUCACCCAUCUAUCUAUAGGAAGCAAUGGGAGCCUCUAACAGAAGAACAGAUUUCUAACCCAAAAACUUAUGCAGAUUGCAUACAUUGGUGCCUUCCAGGAGUUUCUGACACUUGGAAUGAGCUUCUCUAUGCCUAUAUUUUCCAUCAAUGACCAAAAACUGAUUAUAGAAAUUUGGAAUAUGCAAUGGUAAUAUGGUCAUUAGAGUUUUACUUUUUACUUUUUUUUUCCUCUCUCUAAAGGUUUUGAGGGGAGUAUAAGUGUAAAGCAUAUUGCCUCUCCUAAUCCUCAAAAUAUCACACAUGUGCUAGUGACUUUUUAUAUUUUGUCUUUGUUUCUGUUUUUGUGUUGUAUACUAAGUUUUUUUCCUUGGAAUAAUGCAUGACAAUAUGACAUUACCUUGUUUGCUUCAUGGAAAAGCAAAGCAUGUUUUAACCAGUAGUGACAUCAAAAAUAUGCA